AUGGAGUACAAACCCCAGAAGAAGGCCUUCUUCAAGCUGAAGGACUGCAUCGAGCUGUUCACCACCAAGGAGAAGCUGGGCGCCGAGGACCCCUGCAGAGUUCAUGAAGCAGGUGUUUCCCAGGUUGGAGAGGCCGCAGAGGCCGGAGCGCUCGCUCUGCCGGCUCUGCUCCGGGUGGUGGAACAGGGCAUGUUCGUGAAGCACUGCAAGGUGGAGGUGUACCUGACGGAGCUGAAGCUCUGCGAGGACAGCAACAUGGACAACGUGACUAAAGAUGGAGAUGUUGAGCCUGAGCCUCUAAUGUCCCAUCCUGUCCUUUCAGAUUUGAUCGAGAAGGAGAUGCGGAAGCUGUUCAGCAUCCCGGACGAGAAGGAGACGCGGCUGUGGAACCGCUACAUGAGCAACACCUUCGAGCCUCUCAACAAACCCGACAGCACCAUUCAGGACGCCGGCCUCUACCAGGGACAGGUUCUGGUAAUAGAGCAGAAAAACGAAGACGGAACGUGGCCCCGAGGAUCCACGGCCCCCAAGUCAUCUGGCGCUUCCAAUCUCUCUGCUUUGCCAAAGAUCUCGCCUUCAUCUCUCACAAACAAUCAUAACAGCAGCUUCAACAGCAGGAAGUGGACCGGGAUCACCACGUGGUCCGUGUCCUCCACUCUGUUCACCGCCACCUCAAAGCUCAAAUGGGAAAAAAAAGAAGACUUAAACUAG